UUGAGCGGGCUUAUAAAUUGCAGCUUGGGCUGUGCAUUGAGUUCUUACUGAUCAGAACCAAGUCUCUGUCCCUGAAAUCUCUCGAUUCUCUUUCUACCAAACGAAGACUCAAGAAUCGAAUCGGAAAGUGGAGUACAGUGAAUUGGGUUUCACCUUAGAGAGAGAGAGAGGAAUUUAAAACUCAAAGAAAAGAAAAAGUCACACAAACACAUAUGUAUACUAUAUACUAGUUGUUUAUAUAUGCGUAGUUGAAGCGGAGCAGAAAGGCUUCCUUUCUUGUUCACUCUGUUGAGUCAUUGCUCUGAAAAUUAACCAUCGAAAACACUCUGAGCUUUGCUGCUUUUGGGGUCAUUCGCCGCCUUUGUGUUACGGCUUUGCCUUUUCUUCUGUAGGAAAAUUGGAAAGAUCAAGUGCAUUUAAGUAGCCUAUUUGUGAUUUUCAGUGAUUUUCUAGCUGGGUUUUUUGCAAUUAUAUCUGGAGUUUGCAUUGAUGUCUCUGUGUUGUCUCCCUUGUUUCUUCAGCUGUCAUAUCUUGGAAUGAAGAAUUCUUCAUCUCUAAUUCAAUUGUAAACCCCUUUAAGUUCUUGUGCUUUCACUAUACAUUCCAUUCUUGUACUCAAUUUGGUUCUAAAAACAAAUAACAAGUCAUAAAUUGAGGCUUAGCACGAUCAAAAGAGUGUUUUCUGAGAUCUGGGUUCAAGAAAGAGACGUCUCAAACAAGAUCUGCCAGAAUUCAGACCUUUCCCUUUAGAGGAAAUCGAAGACAAUGUUACCUCAGAAGCAAGCAGAGGAAGCUAUUGUCCCGAACACCAACGAGACAGAACAUGAAGGGAAGGAGGAAGAGAAGGAAGAAGAAGAACAGUCCAUUUUCGGUGUCAAGAGCCUCCUCUGGCAUGGAGGUUCAGUUUGGGACGCUUGGUUUAGUUGUGCUUCAAAUCAAGUAGCACAAGUGCUUUUGACACUACCAUACUCUUUCUCUCAACUGGGCAUGCUAUCAGGCAUAUUGCUUCAGAUAUUCUAUGGUAUUCUUGGUAGCUGGACAGCUUACCUUAUAAGUGUGCUUUAUGUGGAGUACAGAAGCCGAAAGGAGAAGGAGAAUGUUAGCUUCAAGAACCAUGUCAUUCAGUGGUUUGAAGUGCUUGAUGGUCUAUUGGGUCCUUACUGGAAAGCAGUGGGUCUAGCCUUCAACUGUACUUUCCUUCUCUUCGGAUCUGUGAUACAACUCAUAGCUUGUGCAAGUAAUAUAUAUUACAUUAAUGACCGACUGGACAAGAGGACAUGGACAUAUAUAUUUGGAGCUUGCUGUGCAACCACUGUAUUUAUACCCUCCUUUCACAACUACCGGAUUUGGUCUUUUCUAGGCCUUGGGAUGACAACAUACACAGCGUGGUACUUGACCAUAGCAGCUCUGAUUCAUGGCCAGGAUGAUGGGGUGGCACACUCAGCUCCCAAAAAAGCGGUGCUAUAUUUCACCGGCGCCACCAAUAUUCUAUACACCUUCGGUGGACAUGCUGUCACAGUGGAAAUUAUGCAUGCCAUGUGGAAACCGCAGAAGUUCAAGUACAUAUAUCUCUUUGCCACCCUCUACGUUUUCACGCUAACACUUCCAUCAGCGUCUGCCGUCUACUGGGCAUUCGGCGAUCAGCUUCUCAACCACUCCAAUGCCUUCUCCCUCCUGCCUAAGACCUGCUGGCGUGAUGCCGCCGUUAUCCUCAUGCUCAUCCACCAGUUUAUAACAUUCGGAUUCGCAUGUACACCACUGUACUUUGUGUGGGAGAAGGUGAUAGGCAUGCAUGACACAAAGAGCAUUUGUCUAAGGGCUUUAGCUAGAUUGCCAGUGGUGAUACCAAUAUGGUUCUUGGCCAUAAUCUUCCCAUUCUUUGGGCCCAUAAACUCUGCUGUUGGGGCUCUUCUGGUUAGCUUUACAGUCUACAUCAUCCCAGCUCUUGCUCAUAUGCUUACCUACAGAAAAGCCUCCGCCCGUCAGAAUGCAGCAGAGAAGCCUCCAGUGUUCCUGUCUAGCUGGACAGCCAUGUAUGCGAUCAACAUUUUCGUGGUGGGUUGGGUUCUCGUAGUCGGGUUCGGGUUCGGUGGAUGGGCCAGCAUGACCAACUUCGUCAGACAAGUUGACACAUUUGGGCUCUUUGCAAAGUGCUACCAGUGCAAGAAUCCAACAACCCUUCAUCAACCUGCAAGUCCCCCACAUCACUGAGUUGACUCAUGACCGGUCGACCGAGUUAGCUCUGAACUCACCGAAACCUUGCUUAUCUUUCUCUCUCCAUAUUUUGUAUUAUACAUGGGGAGGUAGCAAUCUUUCCCCUACAUGUGAUGUGUGCUGGAUUUGUUCUUCUUUUUUUAUUCCCUUUUAAAUUUUAAAUUUUUCUUGAUUUGAUAGAUAAAAUAGUGUGUUGAAUUGUGAUGAUU